AUAAUUGAAAUACGCACCAGCGCAUUCAGCGCAAAACCUGUGCACUUGUGUAACCGCUAUUAGAAGUUGAAUCAUGACUUCGUGCCGCCUGCGAUCCUGUGGCCGCUUCUACCUGGCCCUAGUGUUCGCGAUUUUGCGAAACGCGUGACGUGCCUUGACAGUACCGAUGCGGACAAGAGUAUUAUUACCGAUUAUUCAGUGCAGACGACAAUGUCUGGAAGCAGUGAUUCUGAAGAAUUUUUCGAUGCAGAGGAUGAUACUUUUCAUCACAAUGCACGAAAAAGCAAACAACGUGAUUCUAUCAGCAUUGAAAUACAAAGUAAGGAUGGAUCAGAAUCCACUAAAAAAAUGGAUGAUGAUGUUUUUGUGAAACCUGCUCAACCUAAACCAAUUGUAGAACCAAAGGAACAUGUAACAAUAGAAUGUAUAGUCAAUAAAGAUAAAAAUGAAGAAGACGGAAAGGAUUCAAGUACAGAUAAGAGUGUAGGCAGAAGAAGAUUUCGUGAACUUAGACAACGUAUGCAAACAGAGGAUGAUGAUAUUCCAAUUAACAGUUCUCCUCCAGAUAGUCAAACAUCGUCUAUUGAGGGUGUUUAUCCCACUCCUUCAAAAACAACUCAUCCAUUCAGGAUUAUAGAACAUGAUACUCUUAGUUUACAAAGCAUGACAUCUUUAGGACGAGUGGGACGAAUUUUAGCUGGAGUUGGGGACAGUGCAUCUAUUACACUUGCACCAAAUGUAACCCAGUGUCCCACUUCUGCCACUCUUACCCGUGAAAGCCAGAUGUCCUCCAUUGCUAGUAUUCCAAGCAAAGACGAGGACACAGCAUCUGGUAAGGUGUCCCAGUCCUCCAGCAUCCUUACGUUAUCAGGGGAUAUCCUUCAGGAAUCCUCUGUUAACAUUAGGUCCAAUUACAAUUCUCACUUGCAAAAUGACAAGACUGUUAUGCUUCAAGAACCGGAUGUCAUCGCUAGUACAAAGAAUAAUGGAAAGUCAAACGAAGACAUUACAACGGCUGGGAUACCUGUUGCACCACCAAGACGUAAAAAAAAGUCAAAAGCUCAAACACCUUCUGAUCUUGCACCUUCCACGACAGAAUUGGCAUUAUCUGCUUCGCCGUUACCAAGUCCAGCAAGCACUAUUGAAUCUAUUACCAGAGAAUUUGAACAUUCUCUUGAUAUUCGAUCUGCAACGAAGGGACAAUAUGUUGUUAAACCACAAGAUGAAGAUAGAUCAAAAGCCGAAGGUCCAUCAACCGAAGAGUUGGAAAGGUUGGAAAAAAUGAAAGCUGAAUUAAUGAGUUUGAGAUCAAGUGACAAAUCUAGUAGUAGUCCACUGGGAUCCAUGUCCAAUAAUAGUAUUGGCCGUUAUUCAUUAGGUCCUCAUAAACUAUCGGGCUUAAGUCCUCAAGGUUCGAAAGAAAGACGAAAAUCGGCAGGUGAUCAAGAUAUGGUUCAACAGUUAAAUAUGUUUGUAAGAACAAGAACAGAUUCUGGAAAACGACUAACCGAUAUGGAAAUUUUGGAGCAAGUAACUGUUCUAAACUUGGAUACUGGAGAAAGAGUACCAUUAAGUAUAGCAGAAGAUAAAUUGCCACAGUGUAUUAAUCCUUUGUCACUUCAUAUUAUGAGACUUACUUCAGAAUAUAUAAGUAAUUCUAGUCUAGAAAAGGAAAAAGAAAGUGACGAGGAAAGUGUUGAUAGUAAAAUGUCUAGUAUACCGCCAGAUGAAGAUGUAUCUGUUGGUAGAGUUCGGAAAAAAACGCAAAAGUUAAAACGAUUUUUAGGAUCUACCGUGAAGAAAACAAUGGAUAAAGCAAAAUCUAUUGCACAAGAAGUAUCACAUGCAAGACAUAAAGAAGAUGUUAUGGAUAUAGUAGAUGAAGUAUAUCCUGGUGAACAGCAAUACAUAAAACUGAAAGCUUCUAAUAGUCACAAAGGACCAUAUGAAUUUAGUUGUUUACAGCAUGUUCAAGAUUUGAGUGGCGAGCAUGUAGGCCCUGUUUGGUGUAUGAAAUUUUCAGUUUGCGGACGAUUACUCGCUACUGCAGGUCAAGAUCGAGUUUUAAGAAUUUGGGUUUUACGGGAUGCUUUUACGUAUUUUCAAGAUAUGCGAACUAAAUACAAUGCUGAAAAAGUUAGUCCAACUCCUUCCCAAGAAUCUUUGGUUUCGCAACAGUCUAUGGAAGAUCCUAAUGUCGUGGCUAGUGCCUUUAGUGAAAUAGAAGGGACGAAAAGUCCUUUUAUGCCAAAGCCAUUUUGCACUUAUACCGGACAUACUUCGGAUUUGCUCGACGUUUCAUGGUCUAAAAAUUAUUUUAUCUUAUCAUCGUCAAUGGAUAAAACUGUGCGACUUUGGCAUAUAUCUCGAAAGGAAUGCUUAUGCUGUUUUCAGCACAUCGAUUUUGUUACAGCAAUAGUAUUCCAUCCUCGUGAUGAUCGUUAUUUUCUAUCAGGAUCUUUAGACGGAAAACUUCGAUUAUGGAAUAUUCCAGAUAAAAAGGUAGCUGUGUGGAAUGAAGUCGAUGGUCAAACUAAAUUAAUUACUGCAGCAAACUUCUGUCAAAAUGGGAAAUUCGCAGUGGUUGGUUCUUACGAUGGCCGAUGUAUAUUUUACAACACCGAUCAGCUGAAGUAUCACACGCAAAUACACGUUCGAUCAACGAGAGGUAAAAAUUCAACAGGAAGGAAGAUUAGUGGUAUCGAACCAAUGCCGGGAGAAGAUAAAAUUUUAGUUACUUCAAACGAUAGCCGAAUACGCUUGUAUGACUUGCGAGAUUUGAAUUUAUCAUGCAAAUACAAAGGUUACGUUAACGUCAGUAGUCAAAUUAAAGCAAGCUUUAGUCCUGAUGGACAAUAUAUAGUUAGUGGUUCGGAAAAUCAAUGCAUUUAUAUUUGGAAAACUCAUCAUGAUUAUUCGAAAUUUUCAAGCGUACGUAGAGAUCGAAAUGACUUUUGGGAAGGUAUAAAAGCUCAUAACGCUGUGGUGACAUGCGCAGUAUUUGCACCAAAUCCAGAUAGUAUUAUUAAACAAAUUGAAGAAAGAGAGCACUGGGAAGGUAAAGAAGAUGCAAAAAAUCUGGGUAGUUCCACCGUAGAUGUUCCUCCCGUCGAUCCUGUGGUCGAGCAGCGUACUAAAGGCUGUGGCGGUCAUGUUCUUGUGAGUGCGGAUUUCAAUGGCUAUAUAAAGGUUUUUCUAAAUAAGACAAAACCUAAGCACAGUUCCCUACCAGCAUCUGCUCUCGCGUAACACAAUACUAGUUUUAUUUGUGCACUAUUGUUAAUACAAAAAAAAUUAAUAAGAAAA